AUUUGUAAGAUAGAGCAGGUGGUGAUUAAAUUGACACGUACACGUACCAGGAACAUUCAGAGAGUAAGCGUUCCCAGGAAAGACCAUGCUGGCUAUUAUUAUAGUUCUCGCCUUCUGCGUUCUGAACGCAAAUGCCGACUGUCCAGACGGUUACAUGAAGCACCAGGGUUCCUGCUACCGAUUUCAUCACACGGAAUUUACGUGGCCCGAAGCUGUGUCAUUCUGCCAUGCGUUCAAUGCUCAUCUGCUGAAAUUGGAAACAGAAGCUGAAUUCACAUUUGUUAGAGGAAAGGCCAAGGAAUCAGGAGGUGAUGGCUACUGGACCGGAGGUUCUGACGCCGUCGAGGAUCGGAACUGGAUAUGGGCAGAGACCGGGUCAGCACUCACUCUGACGACCGACUGGGCAACUGGCGAACCCGACAACGCGCCCGGUCGGGACUGUCUAGGACUUUGGAAGGCGGGCGAUUUCCAAUUUGGCGCAUAUGAUUGUCGUCAUUUACUGAGACCUAUAUGUGAAGUAGAUAUUGAGACAUCUGCUCAGGGGAUCGUUGGUUAAGUGGACGCAAUAGCGCCGCGAGAGGACUGUCAACAGAUCGUGCGAUAUGUGUAAUAUAGACCAGAUUUUUAUCAUCAAUAAAAUCGACAAAAACACAA